AUGCGACUUGACAUUCGGCAAGGUGAACUGGGCUCGCCUUCGGCGCACCUCUCCGCCUUUGGCUGGAUUCUGACCGGCGCAGUGGAUUCCGGGGAGAAAGCUGCGGUCGCUACGCACACGGUGUCGGUGCUGCUGGCACAGCCCGUUGAUGAGCUCACAACAGCUCUUAAGCGACUAUGGGAGCUCGAAGAGGUUGCCGCUCAGCGCGUUCCGACUCCGGAUGAGGAUCAAGCGGAGGAGCACUUCCGACGGACGCACUUUCGGGACGCGUCGAGCCGAUACGUUGUACGGCUGCCCUGUCGUCCGGAUCGACUUAAGCGACUGGGCGAGUCACGCUCGGCCGCGCUGUCUAUGCUGCUCAGCUCGGAGCGCCGCUUGGCGAGGAAGCCCGAGCUGCAGAAACGAUACAUCGACUUUAUGGUGGAGUUCCUAGCGCUGGAUCAUAUGAAUCCCGUACUGGCUGAUGCUCCUUCCCGGUCGGUGUCUUACUACUUGCCUCACCACGCAGUCUUCAAGGCUGGAGAGGCCACAGGGAAAAUAUGCGUGGUUUUUAAUGCAUCCUUUAAAACAUCUGGUUAUUCGCUGAAUGACUGUUUGUUACCAGGUCCUCGAUUACAGUCCGACCUAUGGGUCAUCCUGACUCGAUGGCGAGGGUUCAAGGUCGGAUUCAUGGCCGAUAUAGUUAAGAUGUUCUGGCAGAUCCGAGUAAACCCGGCAGACAUGGACUUGCAGAGGAUACUCUGGCGUGCCGACCCAACGGAGCGAGUUCGAGAGUUCCAGCUCCGGGCGGUGACUUACGGUACAACCGCGGCGCAAUUCCUGGCUAUACGCACGCUGCAGCAGUUGGCCAACGACGAGGCUGCGCGUUUUCCACUGGGAGCGACGGCCUUGUUGCGACAUUCUUAUGUCGACGACAUCUUAGCUGGAGGAAGCGAUCUGUCGGCGACCUGGGAGGUCCAGCGCCAGCUAGUGGCACUGCUGCAGGCUGGAGGGUUCUCGCUGGACAAGUGGGUCUCGAACACGCGGGAGCUUCUCCCGCGGGCGUCGCCGGAGGAGGCAUUGCUGCCAGCCUUUGACGCAGUAAGCGCUCUCGGGAUAGUGUGGCAUCCUGAUGAAGACGCACUGUCAGUCCGUGUGACAGUAUCCCAGCAACACGAAACCACCACGAAGCGAACGGUCCUGUCUGACGCGGCUCGAUUGUUUGACCCGCUGGGGUGGGUCGCGCCUGUUCUAAUAUUCGCCCGGGUCUUCAUGCAGGAUCUGUGGCUUGCCGGCCACGACUGGGACGACCCGCUUCCCCUCGAGUUGGUGGACGCUUGGAGAGUCUUCACUGCUUCCCUGCCGGGACUGUCGGCUUUGAGAGUCCCGCGCUGGCUGCAGCGUGACCGGGGGGACGAGGUGGAGCUCCAUGGGUUCUCCGAUGCACCGGAGAGAGCCUACGCGGCGGCGGUCUACGCUCGGGUCACCAGACGAGACGGCCGGGUAAGGGUGACCUUGCUGACGGCCAGAGCCAAGGUGGCUCCCGUCAAGACGCAGAGCGUGCCCGCUUGGAUCUCUGCGGAGCUGUCCUGA